AUGGAAAUAGUACAUGUUUGUAUCCAAGCUCUUAGUCAUUAUAUAUUUUCAACAACGGAAAAAAAUAUUCGAAAUGAAGUAGUACUUAUUACAGGUUCUGGUCGAGGACUAGGCCAACAAAUGGCUAUUUUAUUUGCUAAACGUGGUGCUAUUGUUGUUUUAUGUGAUAGUCCUGAUAUUGGUAAUUCUGAAACAUUAGAGUUAAUAUCUUCAAUAAAUAAUGAAAAACGUGUACAUGCUUAUACAUGUGAUAUUGGUAAUCGAGUUGAAGUUAAAUUACUUGUUGAAAGAAUUCAAACUGAAGUUGGGAAUAUUACUAUGUUAGUCAAUAAUGCAACUGUAUUAACAUCAAAUUCAAUUUUAGACAUGUCCGAAGAUGAAUUUUCACGUUCUUUAAAUGCAAAUUUAUUUUCAGCUUAUUGGUUAAUUCGUCAAAUACUUCCCUCUAUGAUGAGACGUAAUCAUGGGCAUAUAAUAACAAUGCUUGGUUCAACAGCCGUAUUUGGUUUAGGAAAUUUUUCCGCUGUAUGUACAGCUAAAUCUGGUCUUGUUGGUCUUAUGGAAAGUAUAGAUCAUGAAUUAACAUUAGGAGGUUAUGAUGGUAUAUAUACAACAGCAGCAGUAUCUCAUUAUUUAACAACACAUCUAUUUCAAUUAUCUAAAACAUGUUUUAAUCCAGUUAUUCCACCACUUACAUUAGAUUAUGCGGCAAAAAAAAUUAUGCAUGCUAUUUUGAUUAAUCGAAAAUUUGUAUGUGUACCACGUCUUUAUUAUUUAAUACCUUUUGUUAAAGGUAUUUUACCAGCACGUGCAUUUCUUAUUAUUCUUAAUACAUUGGUUAAUCCAAAAAUACCGAUUUAUACUCAACAUGAAUUAUCUAGUAAACAUAAUUUAACAUCAUCGACACAGCAUAUACCACGAAAACGUAGUCAUAUGAGUGCUUGUCAAUAG